AUGACGCCGACGCCUGGAUUGCUGCAAUGCGCCGGACAACAGGCUCUAUCCUCGCUGCAGUUUCUCGAGGAGGCCAACAACUACACGCUCACGAGUGGUCUCCUCGUGAUCAAGGACGAAUCCCUCACCCCCGCAUCCCGCAUCAUCCCGAACAUUGUCGACCACGAUCCGCUCGACUUCAGAGGCAUCCUCGAGAACGCGGGUGCCGUCAUCGCCCAGCGCCAGCUGCUCUGGGACAUGGGCAUCAUCUAUCCGGGGUUGAAACUGAAGCUGGGACCAACCCUUGGGGCGGCCGGUUUACUCGAAUUCGUCCUCGACCCAUCCGUGCAGCACGACGAACGGUCGCUGUUCGAAGAGAAGUCCACAGCGCGCAUCCUGACGAAAAGCUUCGUGGUGCCGUUCCUGUUGGGGUUGAAGUUCAACUUGGCCACGUUGCUGCCGCUCGUAUUCGGCGGGUUGAUUCUGCUCAGUAAAAAAGCCCUCAUCCUGGGUAAGAUUGCGCUUUUCCUGUCCGGAUUGUUCGGGUAUGGAUCCUUCCUGGCGCCGUCACUGCCGUACGGUGGGUUCGGUGGGUUUGGAGGAGGCGUAGGAGGACUCAGUGGAUUCGCUGGUCACGGUGGGUUUGGGUUCGGAUCGAAGCCCUUCCGAUACAACAACCCGCUCGCUGACAGUCCCGACUAUGAUGGGCAUCAUCAGCAUCAUCAUCAUCACCACCAUAACGACGAAUAUCACAGCGGUUCGUCGGGAUCGUCAUCACACGACCACACGAGCGGUGGUUAUUACAAGAAGAAGGACAAGUUCCUGAACCUGGAUGAACGCGUGGAGCCACAAACAGCUUCGUCGCUGGUAGACAAGUUCUAUGAAUACGAGAAGCAACAGAUGCUAAAGGAUCGCACGGCGCGACUAUUCGAGCGGAAGUUCUAUGAACGGGAGCAGCAACCGCACGGACCCGGUACUGGAGGUCCUGGUGGAGGAGCCGAUUAUCCUUUUGUCACGGCUGACCUCGCAACGGAGCGAAACGAACGAACGCUCCCAGAGGAUGGUGCCGGUGCAGGAUCAAGCGGCCGAAACUUUGCCUGGAGCGAUCACUAG